CCACUCUCAAACACCAGCAGAAAAAAAAAAAUUAAAAACUGACAUUUCUUUUCGUCUUCGCAAAUGGCGGAUCAUCUCUUUGUGUAUUUUCAUACGUGUAAUAAUAGUUUUUUUUUUGUGUGUGCUAAAAGGACAGAAAAAAUAACCAAUUAAUUUUUCAUUCAUAAAAAAAAGACCAUAUUUUUCCUUAAAAAAAAAACCAAAUAAGUGGAUCAAGAGACUAAACAUUUUUGUGUGGUGUAUAAAAACAAAAAGAAAACUAUAUAAAUUUAUAAUGUCAGCUACGCGCCUCAACGCUGCUGAAAAAGACCUCGAAAAAUUUAUCAAAUUUUUAGCCAUCAAAUCCGUUCAAGUUGUCGUUCAAUCACGAUUGGGUACAAAAAUCCAAACCCAAUGCAAUCCAUUAGCCACUGGCAAUGAUUGGUUCAAUAUUGUUAUCGAAGAUUAUCCCGAUGUUUAUGCUGAAACAAAACAAGCCCUAAAUUUAUCGCCAGGUGAGACAAUCCUAAAUCGAUUGCCAGUUUGUGUUGAAAUUUCAUUGCGAACUGUUGAUGGUGAUCAAAUGGUUUUAGAAGUUUGGUCAUUAGAUUUACAAUCACCAACAGAAAAUAAAUCGGAGCAAGUCUUGAAAGUUGCUCAUCAAAUUUACAAUCGUAUGAGUAUUUUGUUGAAAUCAUUAAUAUCUUUAACUCGUGCCACACCCGCAUACAAACUAUCACGCAGACAGUCUUCAGAUUCAUAUCGAAUCUUUUAUAAAGUUUAUGCUGAGGAAAAACCUCAAGUUCAUGCACUAGGGGAGGGUUUUAAACAAGUUCGUGUUGGCCAUUUGAAUACAAUUGUUGGCAAUUUAACAAUGUCUGUAGCAUAUCGGACAAAAAUGACUUUUUCUCCAACAACUCAGCAUUGUGACAGUGCUAUAAUGUUGAAGAGUGAUCAUUUUUUAAAGGAUCAAAGUCCGAAACAUAUUCGUUAUCAUCAUGUUAAAAAGGCGGGGGGUGAGAAGAAAUUCAUUGACAUUGAUAAGCCUUUGAGGCCGGGUGCUUUUGUUGAUGUCUCGAAGAUUAAACAAUAUACUGAAGAUGAUUUUAUACUCCCAGCGACUCCACCAUUUGAUUGGUUGAUUAAGAAGAAUCGAACUGAUAGUACUGGAAGUUCGAUUCAUGAAGAUCGAACACAGUCUCCUUUGGGCGGUGGGAAUAACAAUAAUAAUGUGGAUUUUAAAAACUAUGAACAACAACCACAAUCGCCAAUUAAGAGUCUAUUGGUUCCUGUGCCAUUGGAUGACUCGAAAAGUAAGAAGCCAUCGAGAACGGCAAUUCCUCCGGAUGAUGAUAAUCUCUUGAAAGAGUUAAACUUUCCAUUUGCCAGCCCAACAUCGCAUGUCAAUGAUUUGGCUAGAUUUUAUCGUGAUUGUUAUCAUGCUCCACCAUUACACUCCUGCGAAUUAAAUUCAGCUACAGCUGAAAAUAAUGAAGGUGGUGUUGCCUUGGAUCCUGUAGAGGAUCUGUCGAAACAAUUGGAAUUAUUUGAGACAUCAUUGGAAAAUUAUGAAAUAUUAGUGUCACAGCUGGGCUGUUCGACGACGUCAUCGAAAAGUAGCAGCACAAAGAGCACUUAAGAUGGAUAGGAGACGACACCAAUCAUCCAGAAGAAGCACCACUCAUUCAUUUCUUUAAGGAGAGAAUCGCUGAUAUUGUUUAAGUAGUUAUAAAUAUCGUCGUUAAUAUAAUAAGAUAUUGCUUUCUAAUAUUGACUAUUUUUCGAUGUAUAUUUUAUCAUUAGAUAGGAAUAUUUUUUAUUAUUAUUAUUAUUAUUACACAUAACAUACAAUGCAUAUAUAUAUAUAUAUAAAUUUGUCACAUUAUACAUAAAUACAUUAUAUAUAUAUAAAAAAAAAAUCUAAUUAAUUAUUAUUAUAUCGUGUUGAUUUUUUUGAUUGAUUUUGUUUUUUUUUGUAUACAAUUUAAAAGUAUUUUAAUAAAACGUUAAUCGUUAAAACGAAGAAAAUAAAGAGAAUCGAUCGAUAUUUAUUUUUUAAAAAGAGAAAAAAAGGGGGUGUGACGACAGACAACUCCCACUUUUUUUUUCUUGAAAAUUAAUUAAAUAAUUAA